UGUUUGAACAUUUGAAAAAUCCCCUCAACUAAGAACUUCAUAAUCAUCAUAUGCAGAUUUGCUUUCAAAGGCCUGGUGCUUCUGUGUAGAACAACCAGAGAUAGGGAUUGUUCGAACAUUGGAAAGACUAACAAAGACUGUUAUAAUGACUUUGAUUAACAAUAGAUUCUAUCAAGAAAUGAUAUGCUUUGUUUGUUAAAGUAUUUUAAUUGUCCAAAUCCCAUGUAUUAAUUGAUCACGGUCAUAGAUGAUUUGUAAGAUUGGGUCAGAGGUGCACGGAUGUUGUUUGAUGAAAGAUAAUCAGCUGAGAUCCCAUGAGAUCCCAUGAGAUCCCAUGAGAUCCUCGGAUCUGACGGACACUGCAGAGCGACGUCAGCACACUCUGCAGGGAGCUUCUGGAAUCAUGAGUAAUGGGAGUUGUAAAUGACCUGCUCGUUUCCAGGUGUGACUGAGGAUCAGCAGACUGUGCCAGGUGAUCAGGUCACAUGAUAUCCUGGGGUCACACAUUGUAUGAACCGUUGUUACGGCAACAAGAGCCAGAUUUAUAGAUGUAGAAUAAGACACUUUAUAUCCCAGCUAUUAUUGCUACAUGUUAUUUUCAGGAUCACUUUGGAUUUUCAGCCAUCACAAUGAUGUGUAUCUGGCUCGUAGUAUUCAUCUGAUGAAAGACGGCAAAGCCUUUCAGAUCGUCUCAUGGCAACAGGCUUUCCAAUGAUAGAAAACGGUAUUCAACGUUUCAUUUGGAUCUCCUGGGCAUUUGGUUUACAUGUCUGCUGUUAUGAAGGGUUUGGCUGCUUGCCCUGUUCCUAAUAUUGAACCAAGUUUGUGAAACAUUAUUUUCCUUGUAACACUAAGAUGUAAAAGGGCUGAAAAUGUAGGAAUAAAACAGGUUAUUACAAAAAAAUGAGCCUUUUCAAUUGUAUAAAACAAAAUAAAUGGCAUUCAGCCAGUGCACGACAUACUGACAGAACUCAUAAGCUUUUACACGACAGCUCUCUGUAUUCUCUGUGCUGUGUGCAGCUGCUCAGUGAGAAGAUCAGCGGGGCGGAGGGAACCAAGCUGCACCAGGACUUCGUGGAGAUGGAGAGGAAAAUAGAUGUGACCAACAAGUCUGUGUUUGACCUCUUGUCCAAAACAACAGAAUACCUGCAGCCUAACCCAGCGUCUCGAGCCAAACUGAACAUGCUGAACACCAUGUCUAAGAUCCGAGGGCAGGUGAAGACCACCGGGUACCCCCAGGCUGAGGGGCUGCUGGGAGACUGCAUGCUGCGCCACGGACAGGAUCUGGGAGAGGACUCCAUCUUUGGCUGCGCUCUGACCGAUAUGGGGGAGGCCAUGAGGCAGAUGGCCCAUGUGAAGGACUCCCUGGACAUAAGUGUCAAACAAAACUUUAUUGACCCCCUGCAGCAUCUACAGGACAAGGACCUUAAAGAGAUCACGCACCACCUGAAGAAGCUGGAGGGCCGCCGGUUAGACUUCGACUAUAAGAAGAAGCGUCAGGGGAAGAUCCCAGACGAGGAGAUCCGGCAGGCGGUGGAGAAGUUCGACGAGAGCAGAGAGCUGGCCGAAAGGAGCAUGUUCCACUUCCUGGAGAACGACGUGGAGCAGGUCAGUCAGCUGGCAGCUCUGGUGGAGGCGGCCCUGCAGUACCACAGGCGGUCGGAGGAGACCCUGCAGCAGCUCAGAGGGAGGCUGCAGGAGAGAAUAUCCACAGCCAGCAGCCGCAGCAGGAGAGAGUUCAGGUGUAGGUCGAUGAGGAGCAGCGUGGGGGUCAGCAGUCAGCAGGGCGGCCUGAAACCCACCGCUGACAUCACCUCUGUUCCACUGUCAUGGCCUGAGACCCCCACUGCCAAUGGCUUUAUUCACCAGUCGGAGCUGCUGGACCAGCCGUGCUGCCGCUCUCUCUACGGCUUUGAGCCGGAGAACCAGGGGGAGCUGGGCUUCAAGGAGGGCGACAUCAUCAUCCUCGCCAACCAGAUAGACGAGAACUGGUAUGAGGGCAUGAUCCACGGCGAGUCAGGUUUUUUCCCCAUCAGCUACGUGGAGGUCCUUGUCCCCCUGCCUCAGUGAGGGCUCCCCGUCCUCAGACUCCUACUAUCACAGCGGCCUCGGCCCUCAACAGGACUCAGGCCGAAGGAAACAGGACCAGCUCAAUCAGGGCUGAAAAGAAGGGGUAGCAGUUUUGUCCCAACAUUGUGUUCUCUGUUUAUAUUUAUGAACCUGAAGACAACUGAACUCUAAGACAUGAGCGGGACACGACCUGGGUUUUGAUCUGACCGAGAAGUCUAGUAUCCCAUCAGUCCUCUCUGAUGACGCUGCUUCCCGUUGGUGCUGAUCAGAGUUUAUGUCGUGGCUGUGUGCCUCUCCUCUGCUGGAUCUCUCCUCUAGUUAAUGGUUGAGAUCGGUAACACGGUGACGGUGCUAAAAGAAGUCAGACGGGUCCCGAAACCAUUCACUUUGAAUGGGGUGACGUCACACUUUGCCGAACUGCAUUGUGGUUCCGUCGCAUCGCUUUGCCUCCGUUGCUCGCUUCGAACGUUGAGAAAAGUAAAACUUUUCAAGCGUAGACGGAAGCGCCAGCCAAUCAAAUCAUAUGCCAGUACAAGCUCUAGCCAAUCAAACCGCGUGCUUGUAUGUCCGGGGCGGGAGAUUAAUGUGAUUGGUUGUUGGUCGCACCCAGACACGCCCACCGGCAAGCUUCAACGCGACGCUGCCGUGUGGACGUACCGUAAGACGGCUGAUGGGGCUUCACUAACCAAUGUGGGUCAUUCAGCCCAGAGUAGAAUACCUGCAUGUGUGAGGUGUGGUCUGUGGUGAUGAACCCAGAGAAUCAUCACCAAUCAUCCUCUGCAGUUCCCCUCUGCUCUAUAUAUAGAUAGAUACUUCAUUCCUUCUGGAAGUAUUCUUUUAUUUAUUCUACUAAAAUCAUACAAAAACAAAAACGUAUAAUUCAUACACACAAAUGAACAAAAUUAGUAGAAGCGGGAGGGCUGAAGCAUAGCUUAUGGGGAGUAGCCCUCCCGUGCAUCAUCAUUGGCAUCAAUAUAACAAUGGCAUUUAUUUCGUCAAAAACGUAUAGAAAUUAAGGAGUACAAAGAAAUAAAGAAAACUAAUGAAAACUGGAGAAAAAUAAAUAAAUAAAAUAGAAGUUAGGGUAAGAAAAAAGUAAAUGCAUAUAUAAAUAAUACUGGGAAUAUCCAAUAUUUGUUAGCUGGAGUAAUCUGCAAAUAUAAUUGUUUUUACUUUAGUUUUGAAUUGUUGAUGACUAGUAAUACUUGAGAGGUCUGGGUGAAGUCCAUUCCACGUUCUAACUCCGAUUAUGGAUAAGCUGUGUGAUGUGAUGGUUGUUCUACAGGGCUUGCUACACAACCAGUUAGGAUGCCUGGUUGGGUAUUUCCUGACUGUGGUUUGGAACUGCUUUUGAAUGUUAGUUGGCAUUUUUUUAUGUUGUGCAUAAUCAGUACUGUUUUAAGCUUAACUAUAUCAACACAUUUGAAUAGAUUGAGUUUCUUUAAAUAUGGGAGUUGUGUGCUCAUAUUUACCAACACCACAGACUAUUCGUAAUACUUUUUUUUAGAUGUUAUUAUUUUUUGUAGAUUUGUUGAGUACGUGUUUCCCCAUAUUUCGGAGCAGUAGUAAAGGUAAGGGAGAAAUAGACUGUUAUAAAGAGUUCUGAGUAUUUUUUCCUCGAGAAUGUUCUUAGUAUGAUACAAAAUACCUAUUGUUUUUGACAGUUUUGUUUGUACAUAAUUUAUAUGGUGCUUCCAGUUGAGUUUUUCAUCAACAAUGAGUCCUAAAAAUGUACAUGCACCAACUUUUUAUAUCUCUGUAUUGCAAAUCCGUAUAAUGCAGUCAUUUCUACUCUCAGACUUUGUAUUGAAUAACAUGUCAUUUGUUUUGGCCACAUUAAGGGAUAAUUUAUUAACUGCAAACCAGUUACAUAGUAUUUCUAAUUCUGCAUUAACAAUUUUAACAAGAUCACCAAGAUUAUGAUGGGAGCAGAGAAUGGUGGUAUCAUCGGCAAACAAAAUGAUUUUUAACAUGUCGGAGGUGUUGAUAAUGUCAUUAAUAUAAAUCAGGAACAGUUUUGGACCUAAGAUUGAUCCUUGAGGGACUCCACAUGAUAUAGGAAGAUUGUUUGAUUUCGCCUCGUCUAUGUCCACAUAUUGUAGCCUAUUUAUCAGAUAACUCUUGACCCAUUCUUUGGCUUGACCCCUUAUGCUAUAAUGUUCUAAUUUGUGUAGCAGUAUGGUAUGGUUCACAGUAUCUAAAGCCUUUUUAAGGUCAAUGAAUAUACCAGCUGUAAUCAUUUUUUUCUCAAUGUUGUUGGUAAUUUCUUCAACCAGUUCAAUUACUGCUGAAGAAGUAGGGUGAUUUUUCUGAAAUCCAUAUUGGCUGGGGCAUAGUAUAUUAAAUUUGCUGAGGAAAGACUCCAGACGGUUGUUAAAGAGUUUUUCCAGGAUGUUUGAGAAUUGUGGUAGUUAACAAAUGGGUCUAUAAUUAUUCAAACUUGAUUUAUCACCAGAUUUGAAAACCGGAAUCACCUUCGCGAUUUUCAUUUCAUUGGGAAAAUACCUUGUUGGAACGAUUUAUUGCAUAUAUUUACUAGGAGGCAGGCUUGGAUUUUUGUCAUUUUAGGGGCAAGGCCAUUUGGCCUUUGGUGUCACACAUUUUUUCAGGGCGGAAAGGCCACAUGCCAGGGCACAAAGGCCAUUGAGGGAAAAAUUAGGAUUUGGAGCUUAAAAAUAAAUAACUUCACUUUCUAAUGACAAAAAACAAAUCACUUUUUUAAUAUCAAUAAUCGUAUCAUCAUAUACGCCUAUGCCUCCUUAGUAUUAACGUAUCUACAAUUAAAUACUUUACUUUGAAUAAUUAGUGUUUGGUAUGUUUUCCAUCUAUACUACUCCCAUUCACAAAUCCGAAAUGAAAUCUAAAAAUCUAAAAUUCUAUUAAUAUGUAACAAAUAUAUUCAAUUUCAGAGCAGAAGAAACAGCCUUCAAGGAUCAAACUCUGCACAUACAUCAUUCAGCAGUGCACAGUGAAGCUCCAACAUCCAACUGUAUGA